AUGACCCCUGAACAGCAGCAACAACUGAUUGAUGACCACUUCUUGUUCCGAGGUAAAGACAAGAUGCAGGCAGCAUCAGGCUACCACGAGCACUGGCCCCAUGGGCGUGGCAUCUUUGUGUCUCACAACAAAGAGUUCCUUCUUUGGAUCAACGAAGGGGACCAUCUGAGAAUUAUCUCCAUGGAGAAGGGAGGUGACGUCAAACGCGUCUUUGAUCGCUUGUCACGUGGUAUUGCCGCUAUUGAGGAAGGACUGAAGAAGGAGCUUGGAGUUGAAGAAGUCUUCAUGCGCAAUUCAAGUCAUGGCUGCAUUACGUGCUGUCCGACCAACUUAGGGACGGGUAUGAGAGGUUCUGUUCACAUCUUGGUUCCUAAACUCAUCAAGUCCAUGGGUUUUAAAGCCAUCGACGAGUUUGCAAGAGAACGAGGCUGUCAGGCGAGAGGAUCGACCGGAGAGCAUUCAGAGGUGAUUGACAGGAUUGACAUCUCAAACUGGCGACGAUUGGGGUUCAAAGAAUGUGAUCUUGUCCAAGACAUGAUCAAGUGUGCCAACGCGCUGUCAAAAAUGGAGGAUGAAUUAGAGUUUGGAAUAUUUGCGAGGAUAAAGAGUAUCGACUAUCAUUGUGUGAAAUAG